GCUGCGUCUCUCAAAUGUUCAUCUCUCUCUCUCUCUCCGUCUCUCUCUCUCUCUAAUCUAUAUCUUGUCCCCGGAAGCCACCGUUUUUCAUUUCCCUCCACAGAUCUCUGAAUUUUCGCAAUCCAAACCCUAGUUUUCUCUCUCUAUAGAGAAGUACGUAUCCGAUCGCGUCGCUCGGUGCGAUAAGUACGAGCCACCGUUUCCGAUUUCUGCCUCUCUUGUCGCCGAUCGCCGAUCGCCGAUCGAGUUUCUGGAACCUACAUGAGGGGCGGUCCUGGGAUUCCGCGUCGAAGAAGAAGAGUUAAUGGAUGAUCGAUAUGCCUCUACUGCGUAGCGCGGUGCGCCGAGGCCGACCGUCGAAUCAGAACCGUCCGACUGCUCCGAUCGAAGGAAAGGGGGCGAGAAAUUUGCGCGCUCGCCGGGGGCUAGGUGGGAGGGCGAAGGAGAACGAGAAAGAGGUGAUUGUGGUGGGUGAUGGUGAGAACGUGGUGAAGGUCGUCGGUAGCGGGAAGGCGGCGUCGUUGGAGGGUCAAGAAGCAGAAGCAGCUAGGGUUUUGGCCGUGGUUGGUGGUGCUGUGGCGGAGGCGAAGGAAGAGAUUGCGGAGAAGAAGAUGGACGAGUACGAUAGUGGCGGCCGGAGUGGCGGUGAUAAGGGCUUGGGUGCUGAAGAUGAAGGAACAACAGCUCCGCUUCCUGAGAGGGUUCAUGUUGGUGAUUCACCUUCAUACAAAAUCGAGAGGAAACUUGGAAAAGGAGGUUUUGGACAAGUAUAUGUUGGUCGCCGCAUUAAUCCUCCAAACCCACUUGAAAGAACUGGCCCUGGUGCUGUGGAGGUGGCCUUGAAAUUUGAGCAUAGAAGCAGCAAGGGAUGCAAUUAUGGACCACCUUAUGAGUGGCAAGUUUACAAUGCACUUGGUGGCAGUCAUGGUGUGCCACGAGUUCAUUACAAGGGCCGUCAAGGCGAUUACUAUAUAAUGGUGAUGGAUAUGCUUGGUCCUAGUUUGUGGGAUGUUUGGAAUAACAACUCUCACGCGAUGUCCACUGAAAUGGUUGCUUGCAUUGCCAUUGAAGCAAUCUCUAUAUUAGAGAAGAUGCACUCCAGAGGAUAUGUCCAUGGAGAUGUAAAGCCCGAGAAUUUUUUGCUUGGUCCGCCAGGGACUCUAGAUGAGAAGAGACUUUUUCUGGUUGAUCUUGGAUUAGCCACCAAGUGGCGAGAUAGCUCAACUGGUCUACAUGUGGAAUACGAUCAACGGCCAGAUGUUUUUAGGGGAACAGUACGCUAUGCAAGCGUGCAUGCUCAUCUUGGGAGAACUGGGAGCAGGAGAGAUGAUUUAGAAUCUCUUGCAUACACCCUCGUCUUUCUUCUCCGUGGUCGGCUGCCUUGGCAAGGAUAUCAGGGAGAGAACAAAGGAUUCCUUGUUUGCAAGAAGAAGAUGGCAACUUCUCCAGAAAGUCUUUGUACCUUUUGUCCUGCACCUUUUAGACAGUUUGUUGACUAUGUGGUGAACUUGAAGUUUGACGAGGAACCUAAUUAUGCAAAAUAUAUCUCACUAUUUGAUGGGAUAGUUGGUCCAAAUCCAGAUAUCAGACCCAUUAACACUGAUGGUGCUCAGAAGCUUAUAUAUCAGGUUGGACAUAAAAGAGGAAGAUUAACAAUGGAAGAGGAAGAUGAUGAACAGCCAAGGAAGAAGGUCCGAAUGGGAAUGCCUGCUACACAAUGGAUUAGUGUUUACAAUGCCCGUCGACCCAUGAAGCAAAGAUAUCACUAUAAUGUAGCAGAUGUAAGGCUUUCCCAGCACAUUGAAAAAGGAAAUGAAGAUGGGUUGUUUAUCAGCAGUGUGGCAUCUUGUUCAAGUCUCUGGGCGUUAAUCAUGGAUGCAGGAACUGGCUUCACUGCUCAAGUUUACGAGCUCUCGCCCUACUUUCUUCACAAGGAAUGGAUAAUGGAACAGUGGGAGAAGAACUAUUAUAUUAGUGCUAUAGCAGGGGCUAAUAAUGGGAGCUCAUUGGUGGUGAUGUCUAAAGGUACCCAAUAUUUACAGCAGUCCUAUAAAGUCAGUGAGUCAUUUCCAUUCAAAUGGAUAAAUAAAAAAUGGAGAGAAGGCUUCUAUGUGACUGCCAUGGCUACUGCAGGAACAAGAUGGGCAGUUGUCAUGUCUCGUGGUGCUGGAUUCUCUGAUCAGGUUGUGGAGCUUGAUUUUCUUUAUCCUAGUGAAGGUAUUCAUCGAAGGUGGGAUGCGGGUUAUCGCAUCACAUCAACUGCGGCCACUUCUGAUCAGGCCGCUUUUGUUCUUAGCGUGCCUAGAAGAAAGCCUGCUGAUGAAACACAAGAGACUCUUCGCACUUCUGCAUUUCCUAGCACACAUGUUAAGGAGAAAUGGGCAAAAAAUCUAUAUAUUGCAUCUAUUUGUUAUGGUCGAACUGUUUCAUGAGCUGCCAGCAUUUUAAUGGUUGAUCAGGACUGUUUUUUGGUCCACAGUAGGCAUGAGCCAGUUCUUUUCAACUUUUGCACUUCCGCAACAUGAAGAAUCCAAGAUGAGCUGAGCUAUCAUGUCAUUUGCGAGUGGAUGUAUGCAAAGCUUUACUUAGUGUCACCGCCACAUUGGAUUAUAUCUAAGAGCUCUGCACUUUAUUUCAAUUAUAUCUUGAUGCUCUGAUUAUGCCAAUGAUUGGUGUAAUCAAUGAUAUGGGGUAUUUUGUAGUGAUAAAAUUUUGUAUAGUUCUGAAAAUAGUUGGUUGAAGGCAUGUGGAGAUAACAUUUUGAUUAUUGACAGUUUUCUAGCAACAUGCUAUUAAACAAUAUGGAUUGGAACUUGGAAGCUA